AUGGCUUCCGCUGGGUCGGACAUGCAGUUUCACAUGGUGCAGGUGAGAAAUACGUUUCUGGAAGUGCAGACAUCAGAGGACCUGCGGGCACAGGACGUCGGACCCAAAUCUCUUCGACCACGGCGGAGCAAGAGCUGGAGCGGUUCCUCUUCGUCCAACAGCUGUCACGAAAACAGUUCCGGAGAUGCUGAGAAAGAGCAAUGGUUCUCCGUGACCGUGAGUGGACAGGACUGCGGCCGCAGGGUGCAAGCCACCGCGCACCACUCGGUGUUCGAUGAGACCUCGCCUCAGAAAGUAUCGCGAUUAGGUUUGCCCCAAGCGGUCUUUUUGGAGACAUGGCUCAUCACCAAGCUCGAGACGUGUGCCACCGCCUCCACCUCCACCCAGGGAUGGUGCACAGCUGGUCUAGGACAAGUGACCAAAGGUUUACCGGAGCGGGCGAGUGGAAAUGGACCGAACGUUGCCCUAGCGCUGGCGCACAUCGCACAUCAGAAAGUUUACGAGGAGUACAAGGACAACCCUGAGAAGAAGAAGAAGGCUCUGGAGAAGAUUGCAGGAGCAAGCCCAUAUAUGCGAAGCCUUCUGAAGAGCUUGGGCGAGAAGGAUGAAGAGGAAGUCCUUGCACACCUUGCUAAGGCUGAUGAAGCGCUGCCGGCUCCGAAAGUGCCUGGGUUGCAGCCUGCCGACGAUGUCAAGCCCAGCUCAGCUUCCUCGGAGGAUCCAGCCCUCAAGAAGUCCAAAGGGAAAAUUCUCAUCUCCCUGUAA